AUGGAUGACUGUCACCAGUUUUUUGCCAUUGCCAAAGCUGGCCAAUACUAUCGUUUGCUCGCCGGAGUUCGUCACAUGUGCCUUUGGGGCAUGGCAACACUUCGACAGUGCCUGCACGUCCUCCACAUCUUCUCACACUGCGAGAACCGCCUUGCGCUGCAGCAAGAGCUUCGCUUUGCCGAGGAUUACUUUCGUAACAGCGAUCCCCCGUCAGUCUCAUCAGCCCCCACGUGGUACUCCUAUUUUGGACCAUGUCCUUUCCCCUUCAUCACCACCUGUCUGAUGAUGGGUGCUGCUCUCAACCCGGAAACAUUGCAUGCCGGUGUCGUGAAUGAGGAGCCAUAUCGCUUCCCCUUUCAUGUGCCAGGAUCUCGCCAUGGUAUAACCAUCAUCGACAUCACUGAUUUGGACAAUGUCAAAUACUGCUUCGUCCACUCUGCAGCUACCAUGCCCAUCCCCGUCCCGGUGCCAGGCCGUCCGUGCAGCCGUUUCCAACCACUCACAGGUUGGCAAUACGCAAUGAACUACUAUAGGCAGGACGAUAUGAACCUCCAAAGUGCCAUCAACCUUCCCAAUGCCCUUGAGGAGAAGUCUCUUGUUGAUAUCGAAGCGCUGGUCGGUGAGUUAUCAAUUCCUCCAUUCCCGUUGGCCACAUCUUCAUCCAGUCCGCUCACUCAUAUGACGUUGGUCUCAGACACAUGGCCAUACACCACUUGGUCCGAUUACAGGCCAAUCUUGCCGGCCGCGAGCCCACCAAUUCCUCGUCAAGUACCAAAGAGUUUGUUGGAAAUAAGUUUGGUCAAGGUCGUGGAUGUCAUCCUGUCGUCAAAUGACCUCAGUGACUUCAAGGCAGUCAAAGAUACACUUGAAGUACUCCCCAACAUUCGGCUCCUGUUGAGAGAGUAUCUACUGAGGCGAGCCAAGGACGUUGGCAGGACGAAGCCAUCGCUUUUACUCCUGGCUUUCGCCUACGAGGGUGAGAACACUCUCGAUUGGGCGCCCUUUAUCAACCUCAAACUAUCUCAUAUCACGGUUAUACUGGAGAACGGUUCAUUCUCUUCUGCGGAAACCAUAAACCUAUCCGGUCUGCUCACGUCGACGUGCAUCGAAAGGCUAUCACCACUCCUAUCACAUCUACCCGCCUUGAAAACGCUCUGUGUGCUAGAAAAGCCAGACCGGGUUGACGACACUCUAUCGGUGCAUAGCAUUGUCCAACUUACAUCACUGAACCCGGGACUAAGGCUCAACAAGAUUCUAAACUCUGGGCUAUUCUCGAUGCCCUUCCGUGGCAUCUCCUGGAUUCCGGAUACGAGCCAGGAACCCACCGUAAUCCCGGGAUUUCCAAGUGUCCAGCUUCUGGUAUAUCACAGAAGUGAAGAUAUUCGAGAGCGAGUGGCACCAUACGAACACUUCUCCCUGGGAGAUGCACUUCUUAACCCAGGCCGGCUUGUGAACAUCAUUUUGCGCUACUGUCAAAUUCUGAUAGCCGACAGAUAUCAGAUGGGGGGUGGCACCGGAUACCAACUCGCCGUAUGCAUCGCAACCGCCUCCUCAACCCCAGGCAGCCCGGAAACGGGUGAGAUUGGGGUGCUCCCAGCACAAACUUACUUGUACGGCAAGGGUAGCAACUACUCCCUCACAGCCAGGGGCUGCUAUUCAGACAUGAGAGACCUCAGGCCCGGACAGUGGACAAUCCUAAUGGUCAGACACCUCCCUGGAAUGGGGUACGGCGACCCGGGUACCAGUUUCGAUAGGGGCUUCAUGUACGCCUUCUUGCGUUGCAGAUCGGUAAUUCCCGCGAGACGGCCUCAGCGAGAACUAAUUGAAAUUGAUGAGGCGGAUUUGGAUGUCUUUAGCUUUGAAGGCUUUCUGCAAGAAACCUGCCCGCAUACCAGCCCUGUAGAUCUCGAACGUUUUCUUCAGCCACUACGAGAAAUAGCUGGGAGGAACCCCUUCUUUCACCCCAGGCCGCAUAUCAACGAUGUGCUUCAGUGUAUGAGUGCCCGGGAAGCGAGCAGUAUGCUUGUCAAAUUCAUGGAAAACAUCCCAAACGUUGAUAGAGAGAAGCAACAGACGUUGGACGAGCGAAUCUGA